AGUUGAGAACCGCUCGAACAUCAUACGAAUCAUGUAGAACAAGUCUCCAACAACCGCGAUGACGCGCGUGAAUACCCCAACACAGGCCGCCCCCGAGCCGCUAUGCUCAUCGCUGCCGCCUGAGAUAUGGAUCAACAUCUUCAGCUACUGCCACGACCUCUCGCACCUCUGGAACGUCUGCCGACGCGUAUCACCUACCCUCAAAGCGUGUGCUGAGCGCGCAUUCAGCGCCAACCAUCUUCAAGAUGUGCACAUAGAGUUCAUGCUGGACCGGCACAAUCUAGGCGGCAAGCGAGGGCCCCACGAACCCGCGAUUACACUUGAGUUCGAGCGCCUGGGCAAGGGCGAUGAGGAGAGUGUUGCAUGGUUCUCUGGACACUUCCGUGGACACAAGAACGUGGCUCCUGGGGUGAAGGACAAAACGAAGGCUACCAUUCUGGAGCGGUGGCAUGAGAACGUGGAGAAACGCAAGCCUGAGCUGCCGAACUACACGAUCAGGAUCGGCGAUAUGGUCAACGAUACCCAUAUACCCGGCCUUGUUGUCGAUCCCAAAGAGUAUAGGAUGCAGCUGGAUUGGCGCGGAAUGUUGGAGUUGUUCUUCCGUGAACAGGCACGGCUGGAAGAAUUGACAGCAAAGUGGCAGAGCAAGCGCCCGCCCAGCCGUCAGACAGUCAGCCCUAGCAAGAAACAUGGUCGCAAGCCUGCAAAGCUGGAGCCUACAUCACCAUGGCACGAUCUUGAGGCCGAUGUUCGCAGAGGUAUACGCCGCGCGAGGCUGAAAGAACAUUAUUGUGAUAAUGCCGAGAUAGUGUGGGCUAUCAACUCCUUGAGAUACUUUGAGAAGACCGACUCGGCGAGGUGGAGCUCUGAGUCACCCAAAAUGCUACCGCAUCUGCCCGGUGCCGGGCUCGGUGAACGAUGGUUCGGCAGCACAAAUCUCGUGCAGGAGCUGUAUCUUGAUGAGUGCAGCAGCAUGAAUCGGAUUGACACGCAGAUGAGGGUUUCAAUGAAGCCCAGGGAUGAGUGAAGGUACCGAAGGCUUGACGUCGCAAUUUUUCGCACACAUGUGGCAACCACCCAGAAUUACGUUAAUCUAGAGAUCAGAAUUUUAUUCAAGAUAUGACCAGGCGCAUAUCCAACAUUUCGUUUGACUUUUCCGUACCAAGAGAGACAUUCUGCCGAUACACCACCACGAUAUUGAAAGUUAGCAUCCGUCCCCAACCAUUGCUGUUGGUGAAUUACGUAUCGGAUGGAUUCAAGCAAGGAAAUUCUCUCAGUAUUCGCGUAAUUAGAUCUGUAGGUGUAUCUAUCGAGCCUGUGCCAUGUCAGUACACGCGUCGUGGGC